ACCCACACCCAAGGAUUCUCCCUCUCCUCUCUCUCUCUCUCUCUCUCUCUCUCUCUCUCUGUCGAUUUCUGUCUUUUUAGGAGAAGAAGGGAUGCUUGUUUCAUUCCUCUGUUUGAAAGGACUCUUUUUGAUGCUGUAGACUUGAAAGCGUUUGUGUGCUGGUUACUUUGCCCUACCUGUGGAGGAUCCCGGUAGUCAGCCAGCCUCUGGAGCGUGUGUAGCCCCAGCCGCAGCCACCAUGCUGGGCUUGGAUGUGUGUGAGUUUGGGGGUCAGGUUCUGGAGCUUCUCUGGCUAACCAUGUGUUACCAAGGUUUGAUGGCGGAUAAGGAGGAGAAGCCUGUGGGAGAGGAGGAGGACGAGACAGACCUGAACUACACUCCUCCAGCCCAGAAGAGCCUGCAGGAGAUACAGGAACUAGACAAGGAUGAUGAGAGUCUCAGGAAAUACAAACAGACUCUACUAGGAGCUGGACCAGUGGUGGCAGACCCGACCAUUCCCAAUGUCCAGGUCACCAGACUGACCCUGAUGUGCGACCAAGCACCUGGUCCUAUCACCAUGGACCUCUCAGGUGACCUGGAGGCUCUGAAGAAGAAGAGUUUCACCAUGAAGGAAGGAGUGGACUACAGAGUGAAGAUACACUUCAAGGUUAACAGGGAUAUUGUGUCUGGGCUGAAGUACGUCCAUCUGACCUACAGGAAAGGAAUCAGAGUGGACAAGGCGGUGUACAUGGUGGGCAGCUACGGGCCACGGGUGGAGGAGCAUGAGUUCAUAACCCCGGUGGAGGAGGCGCCCAAAGGCAUGAUUGUCAGAGGCAGCUACCACAUCAAGUCCCACUUCACCGACGACGACAAGACCGACCACCUCUCCUGGGAGUGGAACCUGGGGAUCAAGAAGGACUGGGACGAAUAGAGAGGAGCCUCAUUUCUCUCUCCCUCCUUCCCUCUCCCUGUCUCCACCUCUCCUUUUCUCCUUCCUUCCUUCCUUACCCCUUCUCUCCCCUGUCUCCCCCACUUUCAUCCCUCCUUCCCUCCCUCCAUCAAGAAGGACUGGGAUGAAUAGAGACCUCAUCCCUCUCUCCAUGCUUCCCUCUCCCCGUGUCUCCACUCUCCCUCCUUCUCUCCCUCUUCAUUAAGGACUGUCUCUCCCUCUUUCUUCCUCCCAACUCCCCUGUCCCUCCAUCCUUCCCCUCUCCCUCCUCUCCCCCCCUCCUUCCAAGGCCCACCUGUAUAAUAGUAAAAGACAGAGACCGGUAUGAAAGGUGUAAACAGGAAGUUAGGUUAGGCCCAUCUAGAACGAAACAGAGAGGAUGUUGUCAUAAACCAAACCAGUAUACAUCAUAGUAGACAACCGAACAUCGUGGGCUACAUCCCAAAAUGGCCCCCUAUUCCCUAUAUAGUGCACUACCCACAGGGCUCUGGUGAAAAGUAGUGCACUAUGUAGGGAAUAGGGGGCCAUUUGGGAGGCAGUGGUAUGAUCUGUAGGUGGAGAUCCACUUGUCUAUCUGUGAUGUAAUCUGGUGUUCUCUACUACAGUGUGUUAACUGAAGGGGAUCAAAUGAAGUUAAAAACGUGGGACUCACUCAUACAGUGAAGUUGGAGUAUGGAGAUGUAUUUACACCCCGUAGUGUGAGAGGUACAUUCUAGAAGGUUAUUCUAAAGUGUUCUAUUCUGGAAAUUGCCAGUUCAACAAGGUUUCAAGGAGCAACCCUUUGUAAUGUUAGUUAUCAGUUAGAAUGUUUGACAACAGCGUGUCUCAUACUCCUCAAGAAGUUACCAUCUUCUAAGUUCUACAUCUAGAAUGACAUCUUCUAAGUUCUAGAAUGACCAUCUUCUAAGUUCUAGUUCUAGAAUGACCAUCUUCUAAGUUCUAGUUCUAGAAUGACAUCUUCUAAGUUCGAGAAUGACAUCUUCUAAGUUCUUGUUCUAGAAUGACAUCUUCUAAGUUCUAGAAUGACAUCUUCUAAGUUCUUGUUCUAGAAUGACCAUCAUCUAAGUUCUAGUUCUAGAAUGACAUCUUCUAAGUUCUAGAAUGACCAUCUUCUAAGUUCUAGUUCUAGAAUGACAUCUUCUAAGUUCUAGUUCUAGAAUGACCAUCUUCUAAGUUCUAGAAUGACCAUCUUCUAAGUUCUAGUUCUAGAAUGACAUCUUCUAAGUUCUAGUUCUAGAAUGACAUCUUCUAAGUUCUAGUUCUAGAAUGACCAUCUUCUAAGUUCUAGUUCUAGAAUGACCAUCUUCUAAGUUCUAGUUCUAGAAUGACCAUAUUCUAAGUUCUAGUUCUAGAAUGACCAUCAUCUAAGUUCUAGUUCUAGAAUGACAUCUUCUAAGUUCUAGAAUGACCAUCUUCUAAGUUCUAGUUCUAGAAUGACAUCUUCUAAGUUCUAGUUCUAGAAUGACCAUCUUCUAAGUUCUAGAAUGACCAUCUUCUAAGUUCUAGUUCUAGAAUGACAUCUUCUAAGUUCUAGUUCUAGAAUGACAUCUUCUAAGUUCUAGUUCUAGAAUGACCAUCUUCUAAGUUCUAGUUCUAGAAUGACCAUCUUCUAAGUUCUAGUUCUAGAAUGACCAUCUUCUAAGUUCUUGUUCUAGAAUGACCAUAUUCUAAGGUCUAGUUCUAGAAUGACCAUCUUCUAAGUUCUAGUUCCAGAAUGACCAGCUUCUAAGUUCUAGAAUUACCAUCUUCUAAGUUCUAGUUCUAGAAUGACCAUCUUCUAAGUUCUAGUUCCAGAAUGACCAUCUUCUAAGUUCUAGUUCCAGAAUGACCAGCUUCUAAGUUCUAGAAUUACCAUCUUCUAAGUUCUAGUUCUAGAAUGACCAGCUUCUAAGUUCUAGAAUUACCAUCUUCUAAGUUCUAGUUCCAGAAUGACCAUCUUCUAAGUUCUAGAAUUACCAUAUUCUAAGUUCUAGUUCUAGAAUGACCAUCUUCUAAGUUCUAGUUCUAGAACGACCAUCUUCUAAGUUCUAGUUCUAGAAUGACCAUCUUCUAAGUUCUAGUUCUAGAAUGACCAUCUUCUAAGUUCUAGUUCUAGAAUGACCAUCUUCUAAGUUCUAGUUCUAGAACGACCAUCUUCUAAGUUCUAGUUCUAGAAAUGUAUCCAUCUCAGUUUGCUCUUUACAUCUGAAUUUCUGUUACCGUGUCUUUCAGUUGCCUUGUGUCUCUGUUAUACUUGACACACCUGAGCUGUUAUUGGAUUAAUGUAAAACAACAUGGUUUCACACUGUCUGGAGGUGUUUAACAGGGAAGAUGGGUUACCAUGGUAACAUAUCAACAGACAACUGUUGUUUUCUCAGGUUUGUCCUUAUAUUUGCUCUAUUUUUCAAUGCUGCUUGAAUGUCAUUUUCCCAAUGUCUGCCUUUCUUUUGCAUAUUGAGAGAGUUGCUCUUUAAAAGAUAAGCCAUUCACCAUGUAUCAACCAUCUUCCAUUAAACAUCAUGUAAACAUCAUGAGGAAGCCUGUUGUCUGGCUAUGAUGAAGAAAAUGUGAUUGGGAUGUGUACAAUAUGUUCUGUAGUAGUUGCUACAGAAUAAAGCCCAAUGGAAGUAGCCUACACAGUGUUUUUAAAUCUCUGGCAGGUAGUGACCCUAAGACAUAUCUCUACAGUAGAGUAGAGGGUCAGCUGGGUUUGAGGUUUAGUAUCUUAAUGGGCGCCAUGUUAGCACCCGAACUAUCAUGACAUGAUUAUUCCAGUCAGAAUGUAAAUUACAACGUUAUGAUGGUGAUUGGCUAGCCUGGGUAUCAGUAUGUUUGUACCAUCAUGUCACUCCUUGCCACUUCUUGGCGUCCAAACAUGACAAUGAAUGGAAUAAUGGCACACACUGAUCUGGGAGCAGCAGGUUAGACACUGAUCUGGGAGCAGCAGGUUAGCAUUUGGUGCCAACAUGGAGGUUAGACACUGAUCUGGGAGCAGCAGGUUAGACACUGAUCUGGGAGCAGCAGGUUAGCAGGUUAGACACUGAUCUGGGAGCAGCAGGUUAGACACUGAUCUGGGAGCAGCAGGUUAGACACUGAUCUGGGAGCAGCAGGUUAGCAUUUGGUGCCAACAUGGAGGUUAGACACUGAUCUGGGAGCAGCAGGUUAGACACUGAUCUGGGAGCAGCAGGUUAGCAUUUGGCGCCAACAUGGAGGUUAGACACUGAUCUGGGAGCAGCAGGUUAGCGUUUGGUGCCAGCAUGGAGGUUAGACACUGAUCUGGGAGCAGCAGGUUAGACACUGAUCUGGGAGCAGCAGGUUAGCAUUUGGUGCCAACAUGGAGGUUAGACACUGAUCUGGGAGCAGCAGGUUAGACACUGAUCUGGGAGCAACAGGUCAGCGUUUGGUGCCAGCAUGGAGGUUAGACACUGAUCUGGGAGCAGCAGGCUAGCAUUUGGUGCCAACACAGAGGUUAGACACUGAUCUGGGAGCAGCAGGUUAGACACUGAUCUGGGAGCAGCAGGUCAGCAUUUGGUGCCAGCAUGGAGGCUAGACACUGAUCUGGGAGCAGCAGGCUAGCAUUUGAUGCCAACAUGGAGGUUAGACACUGAUCUGGGAGCAGCAGGUUAGCGUUUGGUGCCAACAUGGAGGUUAGACACUGAUCUGGGAGCAGCAGGUUAGACACUGAUCUGGGAGCAGCAGGUUAGCGUUUGGUGCCAACAUGGAGGUUAGACACUGAUCUGGGAGCAGCAGGUUAGACACUGAUCUGGGAGCAGCAGGUUAGCGUUUGGUGCCAACAUGGAGGUUAGACACUGAUCUGGGAGCAGCAGGUUAGACACUGAUCUGGGAGCAGCAGGUUAGCGUUUGGUGCCAACAUGGAGGUUAGACACUGAUCUGGGAGCAGCAGGUUAGACACUGAUCUGGGAGCAGCAGGUUAGCGUUUGGUGCCAACAUGGAGGUUAGACACUGAUCUGGGAGCAGCAGGUUAGACACUGAUCUGGGAGCAGCAGGUUAGCGUUUGGUGCCAACAUGGAGGUUAGACACUGAUCUGGGAGCAGCAGGUUAGACACUGAUCUGGGAGCAGCAGGUCAGCGUUUGGUGCCAACAUGGAGGUUAGACACUGAUCUGGGAGCAGCAGGUUAGCGUUUGAUGUCAACACAGAGGUUAGUUUGCUGAAGUGUAGUGUAUAUCUGUUGCUCAGGGUCACGGUCCCCCUUUAACACCAAGCAUGAGGCCUAUAGGCAUCGACUGACUCGGGUAACAAACUAAUGAAACAAAAAAAGAACCCUAUUCUAUCUAUAACGUGACCCUUUUGUCCUGUAAUGUAACUCAGUGGAUGAGGUCUUCAAGAUUUGAUCGAUUCUGUCCUUCCCAAAAACGUCAAAACGUCCUUGUCACUAUUGUGUAAAGUCUUAUGGUGUUGUAAGUGUUGAUGAUAAUGAUCAUGAUAUUGAUGAUGCCAUUCAAAAUGGUGGUGAACCCAGAAGUAACUGUAAUGUGGGCUUGUUGAGUGUUGCAUGGUCUCAGAUCUCUUCUUUCUUUAAAGACUGUUUUACUGUCACAUUGUGAUUUGAAAAGAAAACCAAUAUGCAGUUUGAAAUGGUUUGGCAGGGAUACUGCAGAUAUUUACAGGGAUUAUGAUCAAAAAUAGCUUUGUUAUUAUUACUAUGUCUGUGUUCCAAAUGGCCCCUUAUUCCCUUUAUAGAGGGUUAACCUGGACCCAUAGAGAGUCAUUCUAUUCCCUUUAUAGAGUGUUAACCUGGACCCAUAGAGAGGCAUUCUAUUCCCUUUAUAGAGGGUUAACCUGGACCCAUAGAGAGUCAUUCUAUUCCCUUUAUAGAGUGUUAACCUGGACCCAUAGAGAGGCAUUCUAUUCCCUUUAUAGAGGGUUAACCUGGACCCAUAGAGAGGCAUUCUAUUCCCUUUAUAGAGUGUUGACCUGGACCCAUAGAGAGGCAUUCUAUUCCCUUUAUAGAGUGUUAACCUGGACCCAUAGAGAGUCCUUCUAUUCCCUUUAUAGAGGGUUAACCUGGACCCAUAGAGAGGCAUUCUAUUCCCUUUAUAGAGUGUUAACCUGGACCCAUAGAGAGGCAUUCACCGGGUGAUUAACAGGAUAAACACAAUGUUAGAUUCAGAUGUAUACAGAUGAUUAGGUGUUGUCUAGUCUGUACAGGGCUCUGGUUAAAGGUAGUGCACUAUAUAGGGAAUAGGGCUGUAGUAUAAAGUAGUGCACUAUAUAGGGAAUAGGGCUCUGGUCUAAAGUAGUGCACUAUAAAUGGAGUAGUGCUAUAGUUAAAGGUAGUACACUAUAUAGGGAAUAGGGCUGUAGUGCACUAUAUAGUGACUAAGGGGUCAUUUUGGACACACCCUCUAUGUGAGUUUGGUUGGGCACAAGCCUGGGCCUGUGUGUAAAGUACUGCUGCAUCCUAAAGUGUUGGUAUUCCAGCGUCUUGUAUCUUUUAAUAAAGGUGAUCUAAUCAGCCA